CGGCGUUUAAGGUCGGCUCCGGUUGUCCCCGUAGUAAAGUCCGCCGUGUAGAUCUCUCGCCUUUUAUGGCUUCCCAGAGUGCCUCCAAUUGUGCCCAUUCAUUUCCCCUCGUGUUCUCCAAGUUUCUCCACCAAUCAGUACCGGUUAACAUAGGGACAUCUCCAACUGUGGCGGGCACUCCAUUUUCAGAUGAGUCAAGUAGAAACCAUUACCAAUAGAUCAGUCAAGAGGUUUUUGUCCAAGAUUCCAAAGGGCGAUUAUGUUGGGGUUGCUGGCGCUUACUCUCCUGGAGAUCGUAAACUCACGCAUCUGGCUUUGUCGUCGUUCGAUUUGGUGGUCUGCAUUUCACUUAAUCCCAAGGAUGGGGAUUCCUCCCAAAGAGUCCCCGAAGAGACAACUAGAAUCCUUUCUGAAGUCUUGAACGACACUUUCGGCGAGCACUCGAAAUUCAAAUUUCUCGCUUUCGAUGGCGAGAGGAUAGCCGUGGGACUCUGGAAUGACUGGGGCGUCCGCACCAACCUAAUGUUACAUCUUCAGACACUGGCGGGGGGAGGUGGGAAGAAGACGUUCGUUCGAACUAUUUUCCACCUCUUUGAGCCUGGAGGCUACGUAGAAGCCGACCGCGAUGAUCUAACAGAUGCUUUCGAAGACGAUAAUAGUCUUCCUGAUUGGAAGAAGAGAUUGAAGUUUCGGGCAUCUUCAUCGUAUUACAUGCAGCGAUUGCAUGCUGAAGCGAUUUGUGAAGCGUUCGAGGGAGAUAUGUACAUUCGAACAGCAGGCGUAUCCGACGCGAACUUGAGCAACGUUGCUACUUCCGCCAGAACGACGGAGCGCAUCGGCUCUUUGCAGCCUGCUUUUGUCGCUAACGACCACCGUUCUGCCGACAUAGACCGUGCGACUGGGGAGGUCAAAAUUGAGUUGGAUCGCUUCAAGACCCGAACUCACUCCAAGGAGGACGAUCAGGUCAGCUAUGCGCUUUGAUAUGUUCGUUGUGUUGGAAAUGUGUCUGACACCUCGUCAGCGAGUUGUACUUGGGUACAAAGAUGCGUCUGGAAAAGUCAAGCA